ACUGAUAGUUGCAAAGAAGAGCAGAGAGUGGAGUUGGAGCCCCAUGAACUGGGGACAGCAUAUAGGCUGGGGCUGUGUCUGAAGUUCCUGUAGCAUCAAGGGAAAGAGACACCAUGGUUGCCUCCAGGAUUCUUCUGGUCCUGCUCUCUAUAUCCCUGCUGGCCUUGACCUCAGCUCAAAGGGCCAAUGAAGAUGAUGAAAAUUCUCAAGAUCAAGAAGCCCUUGAAGAAGGAGAUGCCAACCAACAAAAUGGUGGUAUACACAAAGGGCUAAAUGAAAUAAAGAACCAUUUGCAAGAUCAACUAAACCAGCAUGUUGAGGAGAGCAUCAAGCUCAGGAGAGGGAAGAAUGGCCAAGGUAGAAACAGAAGGUCUGCUGAUGACAGCUUGGAAGGCCAGGAUCUUCAGAGUGAAAAUCAACGAGGAGGAGGUGGUCAAGGAGCCCGUGGUCGCAGAGGCCAGAAUGGCCAGAAAGGAAAAGGUGGCCAGAAAGGCCAGAAAGGAAAAGGUGGCCAGAAAGGAAAAGGUGGCCAGAAAGGCCAGAAAGGAAAACGUGGCCAGAGAAACCAGCAGGAGGAUGAUCAACAAUUCUCCCAGGAGUAAUCUUCUUGGUCUUCCCUUUCCUCAAGUUCAAAGCAUCAAUAAAAUCAUCAGCAU